CUUACAAAUAUAGCCUGUUAGCGCACAGGCCCGGGAGCCUCCGGGCAGCGUGGGCCCUUCCGUUCAGGGUGUUGCUCGCGGGUGUAAACAGCCUUGAAGCGGGAUCGGCGCAGCGGCCAGACCAGGGACUGUCAGCGCCACCCGCACCCGGGAGGUAAUUUCAUGUGGCCACAAUGGGACAUAAAGUGGUCGUGUUUGACAUUUCUGUUGUCAGAGCCUUGUGGGAAACUCGUGUCAAGAAGCACAAAGCUUGGCAGAAGAAGGAGGCGGAAAGGCUUGAGAAAAGCGCAUUGGAAAAGAUAAAGGAGGAGUGGAACUUCGUUGCCGAGUGCAGGAGGAAGGGGAUCCCCCAGGCUGAGUACUGCAAGAAUGGCUUCAUAGACACCAGCGUGAGGCUUCUGGAGAAGAUCGAGAGGAACUCGCUCUCCAGGCCCGGCUCACUUGCUAAGGACAGAGGCAAGCAGAGCAGCCCAUUUGUGCUGGAACUGUCGGGGGAGCACUGGACGGAGCUCCCCGACUCGUUGAAGGAGCAGACGCACCUGAAAGAAUGGCACAUACGCAAUACCCUGAUUGAAAUCAUUCCUACAUACAUCGAGCUCUUUCAAGCUAUGAGGAUUCUGGAUCUUCCCCAAAACCAAAUCUCGUGUCUUCCGGCUGAAAUUGGUUGUUUGAAGAACCUGAAAGAACUCAAUGUGAGUUUCAACCAUCUGAAGAGCAUUCCUCCAGAACUAGGAGACUGUGAAAAUCUAGAAAGACUGGAUUGUUCUGGAAAUCUGGAAUUAAUGGAGCUCCCAUUUGAACUCAGUAAUUUGAAGCAAGUUACAUUCGUAGAUAUCUCAGCAAACAAGUUUUCCAGUGUCCCGAUCUGUGUCCUGAGGAUGUCUAAUUUACAGUGGCUGGAUAUCAGCAACAAUAACCUGAAUGACUUGCCACAAGAUAUAGACAGGCUGGAAGAGCUGCAGAGCUUUCUCUUGUACAAGAACAAGUUGACCUAUCUCCCGUACUCGAUGCUGAACCUCAAGAAGCUCACCUUGCUGGUCGUCAGUGGGGACCAUUUGGUGGAGCUGCCAACUGCCCUUUGUGACUCCUCCACGCCAUUAAAAUUCAUAAGCCUGAUGGAUAAUCCUCUUGAUAAGAACCAGUGUCAAGAUGGCGAUGAGAUAAUGGAAAGCGAACAGGAAUGCCGGCAUUUUGAUAAAGAAUUUAUGAAGGCCUAUAUUGAAGAUCUUAAAGAAAGAGAAUCUGUUCCUAGCUAUACCACCAAGGUAUCUUUUAGCCUUCAACUUUAACAUCAUCCAUCAGAAGAUUGCAAGAUCUUACCAUCCUGUGGAACUUUACCACUUUGUGUAUAGGUCAUGUCACAUGCCAAUCGUAGGCUGUGUUUUAGGACAAAGUCUAUUAACCACUGUCAUAGUUGUUAAGAAAAACAAUUUUCCAAUUUCAAAUAUUUGAAUAUGUCCCUCUGCAGGCUUGAGAAUUGAUAAAGUAGUUUAUAUAUUGAUAUUUAUAGGUUCAUUUGCAUAAACUUGUUUCCAAAUAAUGCACAUUUAAUAUUAUAGAAAAUGUUUUCUUUUAAAAAAUUCUAACUUAAUGACCAAAUUCUGACACUGAAUGCACUGUUUUCAGAAAUCAGGAGCUAAAGGAUUGUGAAGAGCUGUCAUAUUGGACGAGUCAGAAAUGUUUUGAAAAUGUGUAAUACAUUCUUUCUUUUACUGAGAAUAAUGUUCCUUGGGUUUAAAUGAACCGUUACUUCCAUGAUGUUUUAAAUUAUAUUUUGGCAAGAUUAUCUGAAGCUCUGUUUUGGCUCUUAGAAGAGACCAAGGGUGUGACUUGGGCCUUGAGGGUGGAGAGCUGCCCGUGCGUGGGGUUCCAGACACUCAGAUGGGGUGUGGCUAUCCCUCUAGGAGGAGCUGUGGGCCCUGCCGGGUGGGAAGCUUUGAAUGGCCUGCCUGGACAGCAGCCAUCUUCCCUGAGUGGUCACCUUCACCUUGGGAGUCCUGGGACCUACCUGAGAACAAAGAGCAGAGGUAUGCCCUCAGGGGUCUUUCCUCCCAGGGAGGUCACUUAGAGUUAGGGAGAUGAGCUGAGUCCCCAGCAAGGUUUCCCUGUGGGUACUGAAGGGGAGCUCCAUCCACAGUGACCAUGGCCCAGGGGCCCACAGAACUGUAUAUCAUAUCUCAAAGGCGGGAUUCACUUCAGGGCUUUGGGAUCUUAGGUCACAUCACAUGAUUUGGAUAAAGCGUACCAAGUUCCUGUUUUUAUACCAUUGUCUUAGGCUAAGAUAAACAGGAUGUGACUGAUUGUCUUGAAAAUAAGCUAAGUCAGUAGCUUUUGUGAUUAAGAAGGAAAAUGUGCACACAUUCACUUUAUGCUGUAGUCGGGUGCUGUCCAGUAUAACUUUCCCAGUGAAAGAAAUGUUCUGUCUUUGUCGUCCAACACAGUAACUGCCAGACACAGGGUUUGUGAACACUAGAAUCAUGGCUGAUGUAAUUCAAGGACUAAAUGUGAAGUGAAAUUUAAUUCAUAUAGUCACAAGUAGCUGCCCUCUGGGACAAUAAGUAUAGCCAGUUGGAGUUUUUGGAAGUUAAUCUGGGGCAGAAAUGAAAGGUGAUUUUUGUUUUUCUUACCUACAGAGCUAAUCUGUUCUCAGAGGCAUGCAGUUCAAAAAGGUUACUUUCGACACCUCAGUUUUUUGUUCCAGCCAAUAUUUUGGACAGGUUCAAAUAUUUAAUCUUCAUUAGAUAGAAAACAAGCAGAACGUUCUAAAACCACCUGGUAAUGCUUCAAUAGAGGGUUGUUCCAACUUAAAAACAAACUCUGAGAGGUUUAAAAGAUGAAAAGGGUAGGAAAAUGAGAAAUCGCUUUCAUUGAACCUUAAACAAUCAUAUUUUUCUUCUUAAGACUUUAAAAAUAUAAUUCAAAGUAUUGGUUGUGCUACUUGAAUGAUUUUGGAAUUUUAUCUCAUGCCAAGGUACAUGCUAUAUAUAGCCAAAUGGAAACUAUACUGGAAAAGAGGAGUGAACUCUGACACAGAUAGACUGUCUAUAAUUUACAUCAAUUUUAUUUCAUUCGCUAAAACCAGUCUUAUGUAAAACAUUGUCUUAGUGUGACAUAUAAAUAAAAGUGAAAAAAAAUGCACGUAUAUUUAUUUAUUUCAUGUUAUAUGAUACUCCAAAAAGAAGUAUGUUGAAUGUUUGUUAAGAUAUUACUUAAUUUAUUCAUAUCAGUGUAAAAAUGCAGAAAGUUCCAAAGGUAGAGAAUUCUUCUUAGUGGAAAUAUCUUAGAGAUUUAAAAUAAAAAAUUUACAUGAUC